GUUAUUGGGAGGGGAUUUUGUUUGUUGUUGGGAGGGGAGAUUGAAAAAAAAAAUUUAAAUGGAGGGUUAAGAAUGCAGAUCUGGGUAUGUAACACCCUUUCUCCUUUCUCUACAGCAUUCUCUAGUUUUACAGUCAAAACGUGGGGGGAAAAACAAAAAUCAGGUUUUCCCAGAGAAAUAUUAACCUCACCGAAAGCACCUGCUUGCCGGGGACAGAGGAUGUGAUGGAGCUGCUUGAAGAAGAUCUCACGUGCCCAAUUUGUUGCAGUUUGUUUGAUGAUCCCCGAGUUUUGCCCUGCUCACACAACUUCUGCAAAAAAUGUUUAGAAGGGCUCUUAGAGGGGAAUGUGCGGAAUUCAUUGUGGAGACCAUCUCCUUUCAAAUGUCCUACCUGCCGUAAGGAAACUUCAGCAACUGGAGUCAAUAGUCUGCAAGUUAAUUACUCCCUAAAGGGUAUUGUGGAAAAAUACAACAAAAUCAAGAUUUCUCCCAAAAUGCCAGUGUGCAAAGGACACUUGGGACAGCCUCUCAACAUUUUCUGUGUAACUGAUAUGCAGCUGAUUUGUGGGAUCUGUGCUACAUGUGGCGAUCACACUAAGCAUGUCUUCUCUUCUAUUGAAGAUGCCUAUGCUCAGGAAAGGGAUGCCUUUGAGUCCCUCUUUCAGAGUUUUGAGACUUGGCGCCGGGGAGAUGCUCUUUCCCGCUUGGACACUUUGGAAACAAACAAAAGGAAAUGCCUACAGUUGCUCACUAAAGAUUCAGAUAAAGUAAAGGAGUUUUUUGAGAAGUUACAGCAUACAUUAGAUCAAAAGAAGAAUGAAAUCCUGUCAGACUUUGAGACUAUGAAGCUUUCAGUUAUGCAAGCCUAUGACCCAGAGAUCAACAAACUCAACACUAUUUUACAGGAGCAACGGAUGGCCUUUAACAUUGCCGAGGCUUUCAAAGACGUGUCAGAACCUAUUAUAUUUCUGCAACAGAUGCAGGAAUUCAGGGAGAAAAUCAAAGUAAUCAAGGAAACUCCUUUGCCACCCUCUAAUUUGCCCACAAGCCCUUUAAUGAAGAACUUUGAUACCAGUCAAUGGGAGGACAUUAAACUAGUCGAUGUGGAUAAGCUUUCUUUGCCUCAAGACACAGGCGUGUUCAUUAGCAAGAUUCCCUGGCGCUCCUACCAGUUGUUGAUGGUGGUAGUUCUGCUGGGUCUCCUCAUAUUCUUUGGUCCUACCAUGCUCCUGGAGUGGUCUCCAUUGGAUGAGUUGGCAGCUUGGAAAGACUAUCUUUCUAGUGUCAGUUCUUACCUGACCAAAUCGGCUGAUUUUGUAGAACAUUCUGUUUUUUUCUGGGAACAGAUGACAGAUGGGUUUUUCAUUUUUAGUGAAAGAGUCAAAAAUUUUAGUUUGGUGGCACUGAACACUGUUGCAGAAUUUGUGUGCAAAUAUAAACUACUAUAAAAUCUUUCAACUACACAGUUCUGUUUCUUGAUGGGAUUGUUAGAGAACACAGGAAUAAUUCAGAUUUGGUCAAGAUUCCAGUCCACUGUUUCUUUUAAAAGUAUUCAUUUAAUAAUGUCUUUUAUAUGUUAUUCAAACAUGAACAUAAAGAUAAAAGUGAAGUUUAGUAGUCCCAACCCUUCCCUUCCUUUGUAAAGACAGUUUUAAAAUAAUUGUUCUCCCUCUAGUAUUCGCUGAAUUUGUCCUGUGGUACACGGCACAUAAGUGUAUCUCUUGAGCCAUGGACUUUGAGACCAGUCUGGGCAAGAAGUAAGCAAGCAAGAGAGGGAGUUGAGAGCAUACAUGAUUUACCAUCGCAUCCGUGACAUAGAGCACACAUGAGCUACCACCUCAUUGGCUCGGGUAAUGUAGUGCUGAGUCAUCAAGCAUACUGUGAAAGGAGCAAAGUAACUUUUCUGACUGAACAUUCUAAAAAAGUAAAGACUGUUAAUACAUUGGAUUCCCAAGUUUGUUUUCGAGGAGUGUUUCUCAGGACAGUGUAAAUGUAAUUUUGGAAACUCAAUCUCUCCCUCCUAUUCUUGUUGACAAGCCUGACCUGGUAGUCCUACCUCAGGCCUCCCAGGUAUUGGCAUUACAGUGAGCUGUGCACUUUUCACUAAAGGCGAUACAGCUGUAGGUAGCUGUGUAGACGGAAAGGGCAGGAGUUGGGAAAGCCACUUUCUAACUGGUACCUAAUGUUGUGAUUGUGCUCUCCAGUACCACAGUAACUGUACAACCAGCCCAGGUCACUUGCCCACAGUCACAGGUAGUAAAACUAGUUUGACAACAGAAGAGAUGGUUUGUUAGCACAGAUAAAGUAUAAUGUCAUCAGGUGAAGACUCAUCCUCUCUGCUUGUAGAGAGAAAGAUGGCCACAGGACAGAAGUAUGUAAUUUUCUCACUUUGCUUAGAAUUCAAAUGAAAACAAAGAAACCUUAAAACUGUUUUUAGUCACCUUGUUUCUGUCUUGAAAGCCCAUUAAUGAAAUUGGGUUUUAGAGAGCUGUGUCUUUACCUCAUCUUUUGAUUUGAUUGAGAAGAAACAAAGUGAUUAGGGAUGAGAAAAGCUGGCAACUCAACUUGAAAGCACAGAAAAUAUGGGCAGUGGUGGUGCAUGCCUUUAAUCAGGAGGCAGAGAUGGGUGGAUCUCUGAGUUCAAGGCCAGUCUGGUCUAGAGUGAGUUCCAGGACAGCUAGGGCUAUACCCAAAGAAACUAUGUCUUAAGGGAAAAGGGACAGGAGAGAUGGCUUACUGGUUAAGAGCACUGGCUGUUCUUCCAGAGGACCUGGGUUCAAUUCCUAGCAACCACAUGACAGCUCAUACCUUCCCGUAACUCCAGUUCCAGGGGAUCCGACUCACUCACAUAGACAAACAUACAGGCAAAACAGUAAUGCACAUAAAAUAUUAAAAAAAUAAAGCACCUGUAUUCUCCACUUUUGAGAUUUUUUUCUCAUAGUGGUAUGUAUGUUCAUUUUUUUCAACAAACCUAUUUGUUUUCCUUUUUUAAAACUCAUUAUGUUUGACUUUAUUCCUGUUUUUUAUAAUUCUUUCAGUUUUCUGUUUUCUCUAAAUGUUGACACACAUUUAACUAAUUUGGUUUUUUUUUCAUGUUACUAUUUAAGAUGGUAAAUUCUAACUCCUCUAUAUUUACCCACUAGUAAUAAUCUGUUU